GCUCCUAGCUCGAGAUAUGAGGAGUGCGCAUACAGCUUUCAUUGUCAUUUUGCAUCUAUAUAUUGCUUUGUGUCCUCUCACCAGCAGAUCAAGUAGGAAGAUUAAACACUUUAAGAUGAGAAAAGUUGAUCUUUGUUUGAGCUCUGAAGGGACUGAAGUUAUUUUAGCUACAUCAAGUGAUGAAAAACACCCACCUGAAAAUAUGAUUGAUGGAAAUCCAGAAACUUUUUGGACCACCACAGGAAUGUUUCCCCAAGAGUUCAUUAUAUGUUUUCACAAACAUGUGAGGAUUGAAAAGCUUGUAAUCCAGAGUUACUUUGUGAGGACCUUGAGGAUUGAAAAGAGUACUUCUAACGAGCCAGUUGAUUUUGAGCAAUGGAUUGAAAGAGAUCUAGUACAUACAGAGGGGCAGCUUCAAAAUGAAGAAAUUUUGGCAUGUGAUGGCCAUGUCACUUACUUGAGAUUCAUUAUUGUAUCAGCCUUUGAUCAUUUUGCAUCUGUGCAUAGCGUUUCUGCAGAGGGAAUGGCAGUCUCAAAUCUUUCUUAGUAAUUAUAAUAUACCCAUGCACUAUUUUU